AGGUUCUAUAUUAACCCCCACGUCUUCCGUUUUGCUGAUAGGGUGGAAACCCGGCUAGCCUUUAUUAUGUCAAAUUACAAGCUUAAGUGUCUUGGAGUUAUGGAGCGAUUAAACCAGGUAGCCUACUUCUAUUAACGGUGGUGCCAAGACGACAUAUGGCCAGGACAUUUAAUCCUGUGUUGAUUGAAGUUUCACACAAUUUAAAUCAAAACAGACCCUCUAAUCCUGUCUAAAUGGAUUAUUUAUAUACAGACAAUUUGCUUAAUUGCCUGUGGUGUCUGACUUCCAAGCUACUGACUUUAUAGAGGAGAGACUGCAGGCAGCAAGACGUCUACUUAAUAACAUGUUGCUGUAAUGAAUGCAUCUUUUUAACAACAGGUUGGAAGAAGAAAAGAUCUCAGGGUAAGGUUGCUGCAGCAGUGGUGUGUGUGCGCGUGCAAGUGAGAGUGUGUGUGUUCUAUGUGGGCAGGCAAAUGUUAGUGUGCCACUGCUGCCUCUGCGAAGAAGAAAACUAGAUGAACUAGAGAAGCCUAAAUGUUUCGUUUCAUCACGCCCAAUGCUGCUGCUUUAGAUGGCUUCGCGUAUCAUUGUUUGUCCACGUUUCCUGACUGUUUACAGCAUUCCGCAGGAGACUUCCUGUGAAUUCUUUAGUUUCAGAGUGGACAAGCCCAGCGUUGGCAUACGCCUGUGUCUCAGCUAGACUUAGAACGUAGAUCCUUUUGCUCCCCAUAACAUCUCCACACCCUAUAAUCUUUGCUUUGUUUUUGGAAAGGUGGUGUGUAGACUGUUCAGUGUGCAGUGUGUAUGUCAUGAUUGUGUCUGUCUUAAUCAAGCAGUCUGUGUGUCUGCAUGUGAAUGUAUUAAUUCCCUUGUCUGUCUGGUUUGUGUCUGCAACCUAUAGGUAUCCAGGAGGCCCAAUCUAAGGGUGUUUGGACACCAACCCGUCGUUCAGAUGGACGAGGUCCCACUGGUCCCUGGAGAGACCAUCAGAGCCACAGCGAAGGAUGUGAUGUACAUCUGCCCCUUCAGUGGAGCACUGAAUGGCACGCUGACCGUCACAGACUACAAGCUGUACUUUGUCAGUCUGGAGCGGGAGCCAUACUUCCUGAUGGAUGUGAACCUAGGGGCCAUCAGCCGUCUGGAGACCAUCAGUGUGCAAAGCAAUGGAGAGAACACAUGCGGCAUGGAAAUUGUCUGCAAGGACAUGCGCAGCCCCAGGUUUGCCUUCAAGAAGGAGGAGCAGAGUAAUGUGGAUGUCAUGGAGAUGCUGACUAAGCAUGCGUUCCCCCUCUCGCACGAUCUGUCCCUUUUCGCCUUUCAGUUUAAGGAGGAGUAUCCGAUGGAUGGGUGGAAGGUGUAUGACCCCGUGGCAGAAUACAAGAGACAGGGUCUCCCCAAUGAGAGCUGGACCAUCAGCAAGCUGAACAGCAACUAUGAGGUGUGUGACACGUACCCUGCUCUGCUCGUCAUCCCCAACAACAUCGACGAGGACGACAUCAGGAGAGUGGCCUCCUUUAGAGCCAAGCACCGCAUACCGGUCCUCUCCUGGAUCCACCCGGAGACCCAGGCCACCAUAGUGCGCUGCAGCCAGCCGCUGGUCGGCCCCUCUGACCGCCGCUGCAAGGAGGACGAGCGCUACCUGCAGACCAUCAUGGACGCCAACGCCCAGUCGCACAAGCUCACCAUCUUCGAUGCCCGUCAGAGUAGCGUGGCCGACACCAACAAGGCUAAGGACGGAGGUUAUGAGAGUGAGAACUUCUAUCCCAACGUGGAGUUGAACUUUCUGGACAUCCCCAACAUUCACGUCAUGCGCGAGUCCCUCAGGAAGCUGAAGGAGGUGGUCUAUCCCACCAUCGAUGACCAGCACUGGCUCUCCACUAUCGACGGCACUCACUGGCUGGAGUACAUCAGGCUCCUGCUGGCAGGUGCGGUGCGUAUUGCGGAUAAGCUGGAGUCGGGGAAGUCGUCGGUGGUGGUGCACUGCAGCGACGGCUGGGACCGCACGGCCCAGCUCACCUCCCUGGCCAUGCUGAUGCUGGACAGCCACUACCGCACCCUCAGGGGCUUCCAGGUGCUGCUGGAGAAGGAGUGGAUCGGCUUCGGACACAAGUUCGCCUCGCGUGUGGGUCAUGGAGAUGAGAACCAUGCUAAUUCGGAGCGCUCCCCUCUCUUCGUGCAGUUCAUUGACUGUGUGUGGCAGAUCAUGAGACAGUUCCCUGCUGCCUUCGAGUUCAAUGAGCUCUUCCUCAUCACCAUCCUGGACCACCUCUACAGUUGCCUAUUUGGUACAUUCUUCUGCAACAGCGAGAAGGAGAGAGUUGAGCAGGAGGUGCAGAGUAAGACGGUGUCUCUGUGGUCCUACAUCAACAGCCAGGCGGAGGACUUCACCAACCCCUUCUACGUGGACUACCAGCACCACGUGCUCUACCCACUGGCCAGCCUCCGGCACCUGGAGCUAUGGGUCAGCUACUAUGUUCGCUGGAACCCCCGCAUGAGGCCACAGAUGCCGGUGCACGAGAACCUGAAGGAGCUGCUGUUCCUGCGUGCGGAGCUGCAGAGGAAGGCAGAGGAGCUGCAGAGGGAGGUGCUGUCCUCCCACUCGCUCUCCUCCUCCUCAGAGCACAACUCCUCGCCCUCGCACGGGGGCCCCUCACCCCUGCACACCACCGCCUGAGAGACAGCCCAGCUCACACACACCACACACACACACACACACACACACACACACACACACACACAACGCACACAAGCUCAUCUAACAGAUACAGAUUUAAAGUGUUACAAAUGUAUGCACACACACACACACACAUAUGCACUUACCCACACACAUACUGGCAAACACAAUGUGCACAAUCACUCCCUCUUUUGUCACUCUCUCACACAAAACAUAUGAAAUAUGCACUCAGAGAGAUGGGGGGCGGGGAGUAUAGACUUACUGAGCAUACAGUACAGUGCCUACCAUUAGACACUUUUGCCAUCUCAGUUUGAAAUGUGAAUCAAUAGACUCUGUUACUAUAAGCUGGUUUUUGGUGUUACAUUUUAGAUUUUCACAUGAAUUGAAGAAAGUGCACUCAUGUAUGUUAGCUUAUAAUGUAUCGAUAAUAUACUUGGGUUUGAUAGUUUAUAUGUAAAUAUUGAACCAGUCAAAUUAAUAUAUUUGUACAUCAGCCAUAGUAAACAAUCUAUUGAUGAGUUUUAGUGGCACCAGAAGCUAAUUUUUACUCUACUGUUGGCCAGUAUCUUCAGAGUCAGUGUAGUCAGUCUUGUCUUGUGUCCCCAUGCACUUGUGAGUUGUUCCAGGACACGUGCCCCUUCUUUUGUGUUUCUGUCACAAACAUAGACAGUGUUUUGAUACUUUGUCAGUAUUUUAUUGCACCUUAUAGGGUCAUUUUGUUUCAAUCUUAAUGCAUAGUAAGCCAAUGUGAAAAUGCCAAAUCCCUUUUGUAUAAUGUAAGCCCUUUCAUUUUUGUUUACUUCUCAAAGGAAAUAUGUUAAAAUGUUGUUUUCUUUAAGCUUCUUUGGAUUUCAUUCAGUAUUUUAUUACUUUGAUAUAUGUUUACUACUGGCUGAUUGUGACUUUGAGUCAUUUCAGACACUUCAUCUCCAGCUUACCAUAUCACUGAGACUGCUGAGCAUAACUUAAACAAACUAACUGAGGGAAGAUUCCACAGUACUUUCUGAAUAGACCCAAGUGUACCACAAUGAAGAUGAAUGAGUAAGAAACUGUGUGACGUUUAAAGCCCCCCAAUGCAGUUUUGGCCAUUUCUUCGCUGUUUUCUCGCAGGUUUCCAUGACGAAUGUCUGAGAAACUCCAUUGCUACCUUGUUCUAGCCGGUGCCUGGCGUGUAAUGUGUGUAGUGCAGUAAAGCAAUUUGUUACAUUGCGAGACCGCAAGACUUUCUGUCUCUGAGGCCGCCGGCCCAAAGUUGCAAGGCUGGUUUUCCAGCUCACAAACGCUAGGGGGAAGCGAGACGGCCACCAUUCACCCUAGAAAAAGACAACCAUUCCAAUGACUCCGAAGGUAUAUUAAGCUAAAAAACCCCUGCAUAGUUCCCCUUAAAGGUGUAACAGUUCUGAGUCUCAGUGGUUAAAUUGACCAUGUAUGCUUCCCAUUCACGCACUAGCAUGGGUUCUUAUAAAUGAGACACAAAGAGGGCUUUUACGUUGCCUUCAGAGACUGAAAUUGUGACCCACUUUUCCAAUCACAUGUACACAGAAUUUCAGACUUUUUAUUUUUAGCCAUGAUCAUCAUGUUUCCUUUUCUUGUGAGCUUUUAUAGAUGACCCAUUGUCUGAACAUGUAUUUUAUGUUAUUGCUUUGCAUUCCUUGUGUCGUCUUUGAUUUAGUGUGUCAUUAUGAUGGCAUAGAUUUCUGUUUGGUGUUUAUCAACAAGAGACAAAGAAACUUCUGACAUUCCAGCAGAAAAAAAGUUAAUAAAAACACAUGACAAAG